UAUCGUACACUAUACAAUGGGAGACGAAAUCCUUGUGGCGUGUAUGUACCCGUCAUCAGUACUACAUGUAUUUACACGAAGAGUUGUAUGUGCCGGAAUAAAACGCAAAAAUGCUGCUGUGAAGUCGUGCUGUUUUUGACCGAGUACAACUGAGUGGGCCUAAUUCGAUGGAUUCAGUGGCGUAACUAGGGCGAAACUUCCAGGGGUACUCGGCGGAUGCACAGUACUUGUUCAAGGGGGCACUAAAGAUUUAACGCAACUACCGGCCCUUCACAAGCCUAUAACAACCCAGGACUGGAAAUGCCUAUGUCACCCUCACCAGAGGGGACGCCCCUUCUCAAAGAUGGCGUCAAAGGCAGACCUACUUGGGUCUCCAUUGCGCUCUUCCUCGUCCUCCAAAUUCUGGUCUUCAUUGCCGAUGAAACUGUCAUGGCAACGCUGGGAGUCCAGUUUGCGCGCUCUGCGUUUGCCCGCCAGCGCAAUUUCACCCUCCCUGUGGGAGGCAACGGGUGCGCGACUAGCAACGUGAGCCAGGAACUGAACGAAAUCCAGUCAGAAACAGCUCUGUUUUCGACCUACCAAAGCUUCCUGACUGACCUGAUUCCGGUUUUGACCGGUCUUCCUCUCGUGGCUGCCUCUGAUUUCACCGGCCGCCGGCCCAUAUUAAUCCUAAGAUGUCUGGGUCCGCUAAUCAUGGCCCUUGGUUUCCUGGUGGUAUCUUUCUUCGACCUCUCCGUUUACUACGCUCUCAUUGGCUGUGCGGUGUUCGGCAUCUCGGGCGGAUUUGUUCUUCUGCAUUCAGUCAGCAUGCUGUAUGUGACAGAAAUAGUUUCUCCCAAACAAAGGGGCGUGGCAAUAACAACAAUCUACGGUAUUCAGUACACGGUCGUGUAUGUAGCCCCGCUGAUCUUGAACAGUCUGCUGGGUGCUUUGGGUUCGUUCACCAUCGUCUACCUGAUCGUCACCUGCUUCGCACUGCUGGCUCUCCUCUGGAUGUUACCGCCGAACAUCAUCCGUGAAUCGGUGAAGAAACAACCGGUACAUCCCGUCGAUCUCAUGAAGGGGAUCACUCGAAGUGUCCGGGAUCUAUUCGUGGAAGCUACGGGAGGUCGCCGGUGGAGACUUAUAGUCAUUUUGGCCUGUUAUGCCGUGGUCAGCUUCAACUUGCAUGGGUUUCAGAACACGGUCACUCUCUACGGUCUAGGAGAGCCUUUCUGUUGGACGCCUACAUUGGUCGGAGUGUUUGCAUUCAUAUACGGAGGACCAAAUGCAAUAUUGGCCCCCAUCAUUGUUUGGUUCAUGGAACUAUUUGUUUCCGACUACUGGGUGAUAUAUUUGAGUAUCCUGUGCGGAAUAGCGGAGUAUCUACUUACGGCUGUGGCCGAGACUAAUGCUAUGCUGAUAUACGGAGCCUCCUUUGCUGGUAUUUUCUUUGGUAUUUCUCAACCGGUGUAUAUCGCUCUACUUACGAGGCUCGUGGCUACGAAGAGUCACGGGGCAUUAUUUUCAGUGCAUACACUGGUCUUCGCCCUGACAUCGGCCUCUUCGCUGAUCGUUCAGAGCUACGUCUACUCCCUGGCCGUACGGUCCGGCCACGCUGUCGUCAUGUUUUACGUCAUGAUGGUACUCAGCGGAAGUGUAAUCAUACCAACGAUAGUGGUGCACGUUGCGGAGCCCAAAGAGGGUUUUCACCCUGAUGCUGCGAUAGCUGAAAACGACCAAAGCCGAGACGAUGCACAAACUCCGGGUAGCAAAGAAGACAAUUUCAAUUUAGUUGAAUCUUCUGCAGAUGACAAGAAAUUAGACUGAAAUAUCCAAGUUUUUUUCUUUUUACGGUGAACAAUCAUUGGUAUUCGAUACUUUGGCUACCAAAAAAAAAAAUCUUUUGGCUUUUCUAAACCUCUACAGAGAACCAUCUGCAAUAAAUAUGCUGUUGAUAUUUUACCAAACACCGACAAUUUUUUAAUAAACACUUGUCUUGACAAUAAAAUAACAGUUUUAUUUCUGUUCCUUAGUCUUACCAAUCCCAGUUUGAACUAUUCCUUGACACAGAAUGACUAUUUCUAAGAGUCCAGAUCACAGCAAUAUUUCCUCAAAUAUGUUUACUUUAAUAUCCAAUAGGAAAUUGGUUUUAUAAAUUUUCUUGGAUUAUGAAACAAAAUUUGGUUGUUGCUAUUUUCAUUUGUAAUUUACUGCACUAAAGUAAAGACAACCUACCAGUGUACAGUACUAUUUGAUGACUUAAAGGCUUACAGGAGAAAAUUCAAGAAAAACAUUUGGGGAAAAAGGGUAUUUUAACAGUAUGACUUGAUACAUAUUAAUACAUUUAUUGCUUGUAUUUAAAAUAGACAUAUAUUAUUCAUUUAUGUAUAAGUUUCACUUAUAACCUAAUUAACAAGUAUAUUUUUAAACUGAUUUAAAUAACCUUCUCUACUCCUUAAAACUAUUUUGGCAAGAAAACCUACAAAUAAAAAAAAAUCUACAUUUCGUACAGUCUACUGGAAACCACAGUAAAUCCAUUCAAAUAUCUUAAUAUUGGUGUUUUCUUUGGAAACAUAAUUUAUGAGAACAAUAACUUCCUGAUCUAAAAAGAAACACCUCUCCCCUACCCCCAAUU